GGCAGGUAGGCUUCCAGCUGCAGAUAUAAAGGUAUGCUGAUGCCAAGCAAACAAUCUUCUCUGCUCUGGAAGUGAAAAAGGCAGCAAGACUGAGACAAGCAGUGUGGAAAACAGAAAGGCAGAGUAUAGAAGUUUGGAAAAAAAAUAUCUUGAUUGACUGCUCUCAGAGCUGCUCUGUUAUCAUGGGGCUGGGAAAAGGGAAAGAUGAUUACAAGCCAGCUGCAACGUCGAAAGAUGGAAAUAAAAAACACAAGAAACAGAAGAAGGAUAUGGACGAGCUGAAAAAAGAAGUAGAUCUGGAUGAUCACAAGCUGACAUUGGAUGAACUUCACAACAAAUAUGGCACGGACCUGUCGAGGGGUCUUUCUUCCUCCAGAGCAAAAGAGAUUCUAGCCCAAGAUGGUCCAAACGCCCUGACGCCUCCUCCAACGACACCAGAAUGGGUGAAAUUCUGCAAGCAGCUAUUUGGUGGUUUCUCCAUGCUGCUGUGGGGUGGUGCAUUCCUCUGCUUCCUCGCCUUCAGUAUUCAGAUUGCUACAGAAAAUGAACCAGUAAAUGAUAAUUUGUAUUUGGGUAUUGUACUGGCUGUUGUCGUCAUCGUCACUGCUUUCUUCUCCUACUACCAAGAAGCCAAGAGCUCCAAGAUCAUGGAGUCCUUUAAGAAUCUGGUUCCACAGCAAGCCCUGGUAAUCCGUGAUGGGGAGAAGAAGAGUAUCAACACUGAGGAGGUGGUGGUCGGUGAUUUGGUAGAGGUGAAAGGUGGAGACAGGAUUCCUGCUGAUCUCAGGAUAGUCUCUGCUCAAGGCUGCAAGGUGGACAACUCCUCACUGACUGGUGAAUCAGAACCCCAAACUCGUUCCCCAGAUUUCUCCAAUGACAACCCACUGGAGACCAAGAACAUUGCGUUCUUCUCCACCAACUGUGUUGAAGGAACUGCCAUAGGAAUUGUCAUCAACACCGGAGACCGUACCAUUAUGGGUCGUAUUGCCACCUUAGCUUCCAGUCUGAAGGUUGGAAAAACUCCCAUCGCCAUUGAGAUUGACCAUUUCAUCCACAUCAUCACUGCCGUGGCCAUCUUUCUUGGUGUCACUUUCUUUAUCCUAUCCAUGAUCCUUGGAUACACCUGGCUGGAGGCUGUGAUUUUCCUCAUCGGCAUCAUUGUGGCUAAUGUGCCAGAAGGUCUACUGGCUACUGUCACUGUGUGUCUGACUCUGACUGCUAAGCGUAUGGCCAGGAAGAACUGCCUGGUGAAGAACCUGGAAGCUGUCGAGACUUUGGGCUCCACCUCCACGAUCUGCUCAGACAAGACCGGCACCCUGACCCAGAACAGGAUGACCGUGGCCCACAUGUGGUUCGACAGCCAGAUCCACACAGCUGACACCACGGAGGACCAGAGCGGCACCUCAUUCGACAGGAGUUCAGCGACCUGGCCAUUUCUGGCCAGGGUCGCCGGACUCUGCAAUCGAGCCGUCUUUCUGGCUGAGCAGAGCAACGUCCCUAUUUUGAAGAGAAGUGUGGCUGGUGACGCCUCAGAAGCUGCCUUGCUCAAGUGUAUUGAGCUAUGCUGCGGCUCUGUUGAGGACAUGAGAGAGAAGUACCCAAAGGUUGCUGAGAUUCCAUUUAACUCCACCAAUAAAUACCAGCUCUCCAUCCACAAGAACCAGACGCCUGGGGAAACCAAGCACCUGCUGGUGAUGAAAGGAGCCCCAGAGAGAAUUCUGGACCGCUGCUCCACCAUUGUGCUGCAGGGCAAAGAACAGCCUCUGGACAAUGAGAUAAAAGAUGCUUUCCAGAAUGCCUAUGAAGAGCUGGGAGGACUUGGAGAAAGAGUUCUUGGUUUCGGCCAUUUCAACCUGCCUGACGACCAGUUCCCAGAGGGCUUUGCUUUUGAUAUUGAGGAAGUGAACUUCCCAACUGAGAACCUGUGCUUCAUUGGCCUCAUGGCCAUGAUCGACCCUCCCCGUGCCGCUGUGCCCGAUGCUGUGGGAAAAUGCAGGAGCGCAGGAAUCAAGGUAAUCAUGGUGACAGGUGACCAUCCCAUCACUGCCAAGGCCAUCGCUAAGGGCGUAGGUAUCAUCUCAGAAGGCAAUGAGACUGUUGAGGACAUUGCUGCUCGCCUGAAAGUUCCUGUUUCAGAAGUCAACCCCAGGGAUGCCAAAGCUUGUGUCGUUCAUGGUGGAGAGCUAAAAGACAUGGCGGCAGAUCACCUUGAUGAGAUCCUAAAGUACCACACGGAAAUAGUCUUUGCCAGAACCUCCCCCCAGCAGAAGCUGAUCAUCGUGGAGGGUUGCCAGAGACAGGGAGCCAUUGUGGCCGUGACAGGUGACGGUGUAAAUGACUCUCCAGCUCUAAAGAAAGCUGACAUCGGUGUUGCCAUGGGUAUCGCUGGGUCUGAUGUCUCCAAGCAGGUGGCUGACAUGAUCCUAUUGGACGACAACUUUGCCUCCAUUGUUACUGGAGUGGAAGAAGGUCGUCUGAUCUUUGACAACUUGAAGAAAUCUAUUGCCUACACCCUGACCAGUAAGAUCCCCGAGAUGUCACCCUUCCUCCUUUUCGUCAUUGCAAGCAUCCCUCUGCCUCUGGGAACUGUCACUAUCCUCUGUAUCGAUCUGGGAACAGACAUGAUUCCUGCCAUCUCCCUCGCUUAUGAAGCUGCUGAGAGCGACAUCAUGAAGAGACAGCCCCGAAAUUCCAAAACAGACAAACUGGUGAAUGAGAGACUUAUAAGCAUGGCCUACGGACAGAUUGGUAUGAUGCAGGCCACAGCUGGGUUCUUCACAUACUUUGUGAUUAUGGCUGAAAAUGGCUUCCACUACAUGGACCUCAUUGGAAUCAGGGUCUUUUGGGAUAACAAGUCUAUACAGGAUCUGGAAGACAGCUAUGGACAGCAGUGGACAUACCAGGAUAGAAAGAUCAUCGAGUUCACCUGCCACACAGCGUUCUUUACCAGCAUUGUGGUUGUGCAGUGGGCCGAUCUGAUUAUCUGUAAGACCAGGAUGAACUCUAUUGUACAGCAAGGAAUGAGCAAGAACCGCGUCCUAAUCUUUGGUCUCUUUGAGGAGACAGCUCUUGCUGCUUUCCUGUCAUACUGUCCAGGCAUGGAUGUCGCCCUCAGAAUGUACCCUCUCAAGCCUUCUUGGUGGUUCUGCGCUUUCCCAUAUGGCCUAAUCAUCUUCGUUUAUGAUGAAGUAAGAAGAUAUAUCCUCAGACGCAAUCCAGGAGGUUGGGUGGAGCAGGAGACAUACUACUGAGUGAGCCAGAAGAAGAAAGCACAUUUCAUCGUUAUUUGCUUCCAUGUUACAUAUUUGUUUGAAAUGCCAGAGCCAACAAACACAAAAGAACACCAAGUCUUGAUAAAUUAAGUGUAUCUUAAUAAAUUAAGUGUAUCUUAAUUUGUCAUUCACAAUAAAACGUGUCUAUGACAUUGUACCCUGAAA